CAGGGUCAAGUUGGUGGAAUUUACAGCUCUAUUUAGUACGACGGACUCCGCCACUCCACCAGACAUCAGCCUGUAUGUUCAACAACAUGCGUCAUAUGCAUAUCGCACAAGGGAUUCUUUUAUGUCUGCCUUUGCUUGUCCAGUUAGGCGCCCAUGGAGCAGAAUCGGAGGAGAGGCUAGUGCGCAUGCUUUUCGAUGAGCGGGGCUACAACCCGAUGACCCGACCGUCCAGGUGGCUGGGUGACGUCACUAGAGUGAACUUCUCCUUGACAAUAUCCCAGCUGAUCAGUCUGACUGAGAAGGAAGAGGCGAUGAAGACGAACGUGUGGUUGGGACAGUCGUGGUUCGACCAUCGGCUCGCGUGGGACAGCAAACUCUUCGGUGGGCAGAGCAUCAUCCGUGCUCCGGCUGAAGCUGUCUGGAAACCUGAUAUAGUCUUGUUCAACAAUAAAGAUGGCCAGUACGAUGUCGCCCUGUUCACUAAAGUCCUGAUCAGCUCCAACGGGCAGGUGGACUGGCUCCCUCCCGCCAUCUUCAAAAGUGGUUGCGCGAUAGACGUGAUCCAGUUCCCGUUCGACCGACAGAACUGCUCCAUGAAUUUCGGCUCGUGGACGUACGACUCCCAGGAAGUGGACGUGAGGCUGGUGGUUGACAGGGCAACCAUGGACGACUUCAAGCCUAGCGGAGAGUGGGACAUCCUGGACUCCCCCGGGAGGCGCGUCGUGACGGGAAACCAGGUACGCGUGAUCUUCGACUUCAUCAUCCAGCGGAAACCGCUGUUUUACAUCAUCAACUUGAUCAUCCCCUGCAUCCUGACGUCCUCCCUGUCUAUCCUGGUCUUCUACCUGCCGUCCGACUGUGGGGAGAAGAUCGGCCUGAACAUGGCCGUACUGCUGGCCAUGACUGUGUUCCUGCUGCUGAUUGCCGACAUUAUCCCAUCCACCUCACUGGCAGUGCCACUCAUCGGCAAAUAUCUCAUUUUCACCAUGAUCUUUGUGACCAUGACUACAGUGGCAACCACCAUGGUGUUAAACGUGCACCAUCGCACGGCCAGUACGCACGAGAUGCCAGGGUGGAUCCGGUUCGUCUUCAUUGACGUUCUUCCUGGGAUACUCAGAAUGGAGAAGGAAGAGGAAGAAGCUACGCCGUCGGAGAAGCUUCAGAAUGGGGCCCCUUAUUUCUCCUCGGACCAAGUUAUCGACUCGGCUGGGUCUGAUGCCCCGAGGGAAGACCGCGGGUCAUCCCGUAGACUGGGACCGGAGAUCGGCAAGGCUGUGAAGAAUCUGAAAACUAUCGCAGACUUCUUCAAGUCUACGGAUGAAGAUUCGGAGGUGAACGAUGAGUGGCAGUUCGUCGCCCAAGUGAUCGACAAACUUUGUCUGUAUUUGUUUCUUGCCGUCUGUGUGCUGGUGACUGUGGGACUGUUCUUCCAGCCCAUGUUCCUGUCAGGAUAAAAUUAAUGUAAACUUUAAUGCUCAAAAAGCUUACUUACUACAGAGCACGGCGUAAAGCUGCCUGAUCUCGGAUAGUUUCGUGCUGAACUGAUCAGUGAUUUUAAGAAUAGAAUCUAAGCAACUAUCAACACAAUAACAGCACACAAUAUUACUGGGAUUCCCAAGUAACGUUGGCCCUUUUCUGUGUAGUUCAUCUGAUGCUGUCCUAAUUAAUCGAAGAAACAGCACCCCUUUAUUCGUACGAUGGACCGGGUGCAUUUAAGGCAAAAUUGUGAAUUGACAGAUACACAGAGUUUUAUCGAUUCCUGUCAGGAUGUAGCGGUAUUUCUACGUCUUAGCUCAUUUCUUGUACGGUGUAUGGUUAUGAGAACUGGAAGUUUGAAAUUACUCAUUUGUACUAGUGUAUUAAUGAAUGAAUGAUAACCUUUAUAGUACAGCCAUGCCCCAUCGGGCUAAGUGUAGGAAUACGAACAUGAAAAUCGUACUUAAUUACGUAUAGAAAUAGGUUCGACAUUUGAAUGUUAGAAAUAUAGUUUCAGAUGGGUUUGUAUGAUUAUUAUGAUUGAAAGGCAUGAUAAAAACGAAUAUAUUUUGGUUCAUGAUAAAUAAAGAAAUCAGUCUCAAC